AUGUUCGAUGCCCAGCAGAAGCAGAAUUCGCGAAGAACUUUCACCAAGUGGGCCAAGUAUGGUAUUGUGUCCGCCCGAUCAAUGCAGUCCUGUGCCAUACGCAAGCAUGCAGAGAGUGCCGUGCACCAAGCCGCUUUCAGAUUUUAUUUUAUGCCUGCUUCUUUGGAGACACUGCCAGUAAACAGGGAUGCUGACCUGGCAUUACUGCGAGGUUCGGUGCCGCAGCCAUCGGACUGGUUGCAAGCACUCGCCGCUGCCAAGGAGUCCCUCAGCAGCCGAACAGCGAUGCGGCUCUCCUUGACGGACCAGUUUGUGCAUAGCACCCGUGCAUGCAUAUCUGCAAUCACAGAUCGUGCGGUGGCGCAAAUGCACACUAUUCUUCAGGAGACAAUUCGCGGUCGAAAACGCAAGUUGCUGGCCGAGGCCUCGUCCAUCAGUCUGACAGUGGACGACAAGUCACCGUUCCGGCUAGUUCGCUUCAAAGCGGCCAGUGGCAAGGGCGAGGUCAGCUCGGGCAUUUUGUGUCUCAUAAAGCCUUCUAAGAUGCUGGAAGACGACCCAGAGGCCUGGGACAAUGACAAGUCCCAGCUAGCAGCUGACAGCAUAGCGGCUGGAAUCAAGGAAUUCUGUACGAGGUUGCACAGCGAUACCUUGGACGCAGAGCUGUACUCCCACAUCCUCUGCAGCAUUCAUUCGUUCAGUGCCGAUGGCGCUAGCUAUGCCCAGAAGGUCGGGAAACUCUUGAGAAGGAGGCACUGCCGCAAUAUUGCUGUUAUCUGGAGGGAUAGUUCCCAUAUGUUGCGUCUGGCAGCACAAAACCCGCUCGACGGCCUCACGGUCUACAGUAACGCCUACGAAGCACUCUUUGGCUGCAAAGGCCCCCUGCCUAUGUUGCAGCACUCCCAUGAAUGGAGAUCCAAGCUCGCAUCGCUCUCACGAAGGAUGCUACAGGACGAGCUGCUAGGACGGUUUUGCUUCCUCGUCCAGCCGAUCGCUUUGCUGCUUGCCAUGGUUGCAGGCGAUGUGAGGUCGGAGUCGGCGUCGAGGUCGAAAUGUCAUGAGACACUGGCAUCGUUGCGACCUGGGCUGCUGGUCAUGGUGGGGCUAUGCGCAGACUACAUGGCAGAAAUCAUGCCUUUUUUACGGCAUUUCGAGAAAGAUGUGGACGUUGCACAGCUGCCAAGGAUCAUAGCAGAGUUUCGGAACCGCUUGCGGAAGCUUUUUCUGGAGUGCCGUAUCCUGGAAGACAUCGACGACAGCGAGGGA